UUCUCCACAGCAGCAUGAGCGCAAGCAGCAUGAGAAGCGAUCAGCCGGUUCUUCCGUUUCAGAGGACUUCCGUGUUUACAUGUCUGCAGCAGGCACCGAUCCCUCAUGGCUUUCAUUACGAAGAAGGAUCGCAGCAAAGAACGAUUUUCGCUGCUGCUGCUGGAUCUGGAGGAACAUUAUUUUGAACAGCACACUGCAUAUAAUCUGACCGCCAGAGGUCAGGAGGCAAACAGACGAACCAGUGGCUCACUAAAAAUCUGUUCCAAAUCAAUCAUUUUUGAACCCGAUGAUGCUGUUAAGCCUAUCUUAAAGAUUCUUCUGAAAGACUGCAAAGGAAUAGGAGCAGUGGAAGAAACAGGCCACAACCCAUUUAUAGAAAGUAAACCUGCCUGUAUUCUUAUAGAAACCAAGCAGAUUUAUCUAAUUAAAGAAGAAAACGUGGUUGCUCCAUAUAAAUAUGAAAGGGGAGAAAAAAGGGUCACAUUCCAAUUGGAGGUGCCGGGAAAAACAGAGGAUGUUGUUCAGAUCUUAUUACAGUUACACAGAGCAUCCUGUCUGGAUAAGCAGGGUGACCAGACAGCAAUGGUUGCAGCUAUUCUGCAGUCCAGGUUAGCAAGAACACGUUUCGAUAAAAACAGUUUUCAGAAUGUAACAGAAAACCCACACAUGGAGUGUGUGGCAGAAAUGGUUUCUCCUUUGGUGACAAACGCUGGUCACGUUUGCAUCACUGAUUGCAAUCUUUACUUCCAGCCUAUGAACGGCUAUCCUGAUUUAGUGGUGCAGAUUGGGCUACAUAGUGUAAGACGCAUUUACAAACGGAGACAUGGGUUGAGGCCUUUGGGCCUUGAGGUGUUCUGCACAGAGAAUGAUCUUUGCUCUGAUAUCUACCUGAAGUUCUACAGUACUAAAGAAAGAGAUGAGCUUUACUACUACAUUGCAACUUUCCUCGAAAACCAUAUAGCGGAGUGCACAGCGGAGAGCUACAUGCUGCAGUGGCAGAGAGGUCACAUCUCCAACUAUCAGUACCUACUUCAUCUAAACAAUUUAGCAGACCGCAGUGUGAAUGACCUAUCCCAGUAUCCAGUGUUCCCCUGGGUCAUCAGUGACUACAGCAGCACACAGCUGGAUUUGCUGAACCCUGCUUCAUUUCGAGAUCUCGGUAAACCAAUUGGAGCUUUGAACACGGAGAGACUGGAGAGAUUACUGGAACGCUACAGAGACAUGCCUGAGCCUCAUUUUAUGUAUGGUAGUCAUUAUUCAUCACCUGGAUAUGUGCUUUUCUACCUUGUCAGAGUCGCUCCAGAGCACAUGCUUUGCCUACAGAAUGGACGAUUUGAUCAGGCAGACAGGAUGUUCAACAGUGUUGGUGAGACGUGGAAGAAUUGUUUAGAGGGAGGCACAGAUUUCAAAGAACUGAUCCCUGAGUUCUAUGGAAGUGACAGCAGCUUUCUGAAGAAUCUGCUAGGUUUGAAUCUGGGCAGGAGGCAGGGAGGAGGCAGAGUUGAAAAUGCUGAACUUCCUCCUUGGGCUUCAGAUCCAGACGACUUCUUGGAGAAAAUGCGUUUAGCACUGGAGUGUCAGUAUGUGUCUGAACACCUGCAUGAGUGGAUUGAUCUGAUUUUUGGCUACAAACAGAGGGGAAGUGAAGCUGUGGCUGCCUAUAAUGUUUUCCAUCCAUUAACAUAUGAGGGAGGAGUUGACUGCGAUAGUAUUGAGGACCCAGAUCAGAAAAUAGCCAUGCUAACUCAGAUAUUGGAGUUUGGACAGACGCCUCGACAACUCUUUGUCACUCCUCAUCCUCAGAGGAUCACUCCACGCUUCCACAACCUGUCAGCAACCACCAGUCUCAGCAGCAGUGAGCUAUCACCAUCAUCUCCAAGUAUGGAAUCAUUUGAGGACCUGACUGAGGAAAGUAAGAAAAUGGCCUGGAGCAACAUGAACAAACUUGCAUUGCAGUCUUGCCACAAAAUACAUAAAGAAGCAGUAACAGGCAUUGCUGUGACCCUCAGUGGGGAUUCCAUCUUCUCAACUUCUCAAGACUCCACAUUGAAGAUGUUCUCGAAAGAAAAUGGACUUCAAAGAAGUGUGUCCUUCUCGAACAUGGCACUGUCCUCCUGUCUGAUGCUUCCUGAUGAUAAGAUUGUUGUGUGCUCCUCCUGGGACAACAAUGUAUAUUUUUACUCCGUAGCAUAUGGAAGAAAACAAGACACUUUGAUGGGUCACGAUGAUGCAGUUAGUCAUAUUUGCUGGAGGGAUGACAAACUUUACACAGCAUCUUGGGAUUCUACUGUGAAGAUUUGGAAAUGUGUAGCAGAUGACAUCUCCAGUAAUAAAAGGACUCAGUUUGACCUGCUUUCUGAAUUUGAACAUGAGGCCGGGGUUAAUACUUUAGAUCUCGGCCCAGGUGGCACACUUUUGGCAACGGGUACUAAAGAAGGAACACUUACUCUUUGGGACAUUGACAACCCUCUCCCACUAAAUCAACUGACCUGCCAUUCUGGAAAGAUUCAUCAGGUGGCCUUCAGUCCUGACAGCAGACAUAUACUGAGUGUUGGGGAGGAUUCGUGUUUGAUGGUUACAGAUGUGCAGACAGGCAUGCUCAUCGCUACUGUACAUUCAGAGCAAGAGCAGAGGUGUUUCUGUUGGGAUGGUAACACUGUGUUAUCUGGAGGGAUGUCAGGAGAUCUCAGUGUAUGGGACCUCCUUAGCGGUAAAGUCGUCCACAAAAUACCUGCUCACUCAGGUGCAGUAACGUGUAUGUGGAUGAAUGGACAAUGCAGUACUAUCAUCACAGGUGGUGUGGACAAACAGAUCAUUCUUUGGAAACCAGAGUAUUAACAGUAACACUUCUAUGUUCGAUAAAACAAUUCAUUUUUCAGACCAUUCGGACCAAGGUCAAUUUUCAUCAUGUGAUUUCAUGGGACAAUUUGAACCGUACCGAAAUCCUCUAAAAUAGAAAUCUUGACAAUGUGUUUGAUACAGUGGGGAAAAUAUUUAUUUUAUCCCCUGUUGAUAUUGUAUAUUGUCUUUUUAUGGUUGGUUUAUUUUAACAUAUAGAGACAGAAUACCAACCAAAAAAUCCAGAAAAAAAACUAUAUAAUUACAUUAAAUAGUUAUAUAUAAUACAAUAUUAUAUAUUAGUUAUAUAAAGGUUAGACAUUUUUUUUUUGCAUUUCAGUGAGUGCAAUAAGCAUUUGAUCCCCAAGCAAAACAUGACUUAGUACUUGGUUCUGAAACCCUUGUUUGCAAG